AUGGAAGACGACGAGAACUGGAGAUUCGAGCUCGAUAUCGGUGGGCUUAGUCUGAUUGAUGAAGAUGAUAGCCUCCUCCUCUUCUCCUCGGAUCUCGAUCCCACCAGCUACGAAUUUUCAGACACUGAUAAAGAAGACAGAGGUCUUGAUUUAUUUGGAGAUACACAUAAUUGUGAUGAAAAGAAGGAAGAAGUGCUUCAACCUAAUGAAUCACUUGAACCUCCUAAGAUGAUGAAGUAUAAUCUGCGCAAAAGUGUUCUGGAACCAGAUGAAUUGUCUAGCAUGAUGGAAAGCAAUCAAAUCGGUGCGAGGAAAGCUUUACCAACCAUUCAAGAGGAUGUUAACAGAUCAACAGAGUCCAUAUCGACAUUGCAAAGUGAUUGCACGGUGGAAACCAGUCAGGAAUUUGUUUUGUUUGACCAUGUAAGAGCGUCAAUCCAGAUGUCUGCUAUAUCAUCUGAUACUGCAACACCUUACAAGAGUAAGGAAUUGGGAGCAACAGAGGCAUUACCUAGCCCAACUCUAAGUACGCUAGACGACCAUGGCUCUCAGGAAAAGAUGAAACCCAAUGAUAGUCGUAAAAGGCCAAGUAUAAGGGCACAAGGAUUAGGGAAGGUUACAAAACAGCCUGUUGCUGCAAAAGAACACAAUGCAUCCAUUUCUAGGCCACUCAAUGGACUUGGGAAAACAAAGAGAACUUCGGUAGAUGUUAUCAAAGCUAAAGAAGAAAAGAAUAUUAAAUUAACUGGGGGUAAAGAGCCUAUAGCUAGAGUUCCAAUUUCAAGAAGAACUCGACCCAUAGUGUCAAAACUUGAAGUGCCUUCCAAAUCUGCUUUACGUUUUUCAGUUGCCUCCAAGAAUGAAUCGCCAUCUUCUGGCUCUUCAGUUGAGAGCUGUGCCAGUGUUUCGCCAACCGCUUCCAACAGGUCUCUAGAUUCGCUACAGCUGAAGAAAGAUCAGAAUUUAAGAAUAGCGUCCCAUUCUUUGGCAAAUGGACCAACAUCCAGAGCUGCAUCUAGAAAUAUAGGCCAGCCGAAAGUUCAGCCCCUCUCAGCCAGGACAUACAAGUCCAAGCUUUUUUCCAAGGUAACGCGUCUUAGUUCUAGCGUUGACUGGACAUCAGAAACACCUAACUGGUCAUCAGAAACACCGCGAGUUUCGACACCUAAUAAAAUAGCUAAAGGUAUCAAGAUAACCGUCCCUGGUGAAAGCGGUCCUGCGAGCAAUGAUACAAGAAAGACUUUGAAGCCUCUCAAUGCUAAAGAUGUAUCUGCUGUUCAAGAUGACCUUAAGCCGGAUAAACAAGGCGCAAAACGUGGUUCAGUUUUCAGUGGCAGCGCGGUGCGUCCAACUUCGAUGACGAAACCAACAGGACUCCGUGUGCCAUCACCAAAAGUCGGCUACUUUGACGGAGCAAGGAGCAGCGUUCUUCGAACACCUACAGGAUCCUGUACUGGUCCGGUUAGUGGCUUGGCAAAACAUGGAGCUCGUAGCCCAAAUGAAUCAACUGCUAGUAGAACCAAGUCCGGAAAAUCCCAACCCUCAAGGUCUCCUGUUAUACAAGAAUCCACAAAUCCGAAAGCAAAGGUCAGUCCUGUUUCAAGGAGUCCCAGGCUGAUUGUCCCAGCUUCUGCAUCUUCUCCAAAGCUUACCAACAAAAUGUAUUCAAAAGUCAGUGCAGAGGAACAACUCAAGAGCAAUGAGGAGGAUAAUGUAGCACGGUGA